GCCAUUCUUUAGGGUGUUAGAGAGCGCAAACGUGACCUGACAAUCUAAACCUAAUUAAUGCAAUAUUGCUACUGUGCCAACUGUUCGUUAGGGUUCUUUUGUUCACGAAAUAUCUCGGCGUUAUAACUGAGUCAAGUGGGACUAAUUUUGAAGCCAUCCAACAGAGCGGUUUACAACAAACAAACAAAACAUUUUCCAGAAGACUGAGCUUAUCAUGAUAAACAACUACAGCCAUACGAUGAUGAAUUUCAGUGAUAGUGAUUCACCAUGCCCUGACGCUAUUUCUAUAUUUUUCACAACAUCUACGGCCUUCCUAAGCAUGGUUGCUGUACUUGGAAAUAUUCUGGUGAUCGUUGCAGUGUACAAAACUCGAAACCUUAGGACAAGUACUAAUUACUACUACGUCAACAUGGCCAUUUCUGAUUUCCUCUCAAGCCUCACCAUUUGGCCGCUUUAUCUUUCAAACGAGAUCAUAACGAGCAGAGGAAGUCUGUUUAAAGGGUCUCUGGCCACUGCUGGUUGCAAACUGGGAGUAUUUUUCAGAAUGACGUCAGUUAUUGUGUCAAUACUGAGCCUGGUGUUGAUCGCUGUGGAUAGAUUCAUCGCUACUGUGUUCCCAUUAAAAUCAACGUUGGUCACUGGGAAAGUCAGAACAUUUCUGCUGUUUGCGACAUGGACGAUAUCAAUGGCAUACUGCUUCCCGAUGCUGUAUUAUUCCAGAGCCGAAGACUUUGGUCAAGAAACUUAUUGCAAAUUUGCAUGGAAUAGCAGUGCUCUCAUGAUAUAUUACAUUACUGGUUUAGCGUUGUUUGAGAUCGCACCAAUUAUUGCCAUUGUCAUUCUUUACUCGCGGGUUAUGAGUGUUUUGCAAAAAAGGAUUAAACCAGGAACUGGUGCGAGAAACAGCAGUUCUUAUCAAAAUCGGAGAAAUGAGCAAAACCGAAACAUUUUGAAGAUAUUCAAAUCAAUCGUUGUUAUGUUUUUCAUUUCUUUUUCUUUCUUUUUCGUUUAUUUGAUUCUUAAGAUGACAUUUCCUGAACUUUUCGUCAAAGACAAAUGUAAGUGGAUUCUUGGGUUCGCUUAUUUUGUGUUUCCGUCGCUCAGUUCAGUAAUUAAUCCAAUUAUUUUAUUUGCAUUCAGCACGAAUUUCCGUCAAGCCCUGCGUAAAUUGUGGAUGUUUUCUCUCGGGAGAUUCUUCUGUGGCAGAAAAGAGAAAAGUGAACUAGUUGAAGCUGGUGGCCUUCCAGCAGAAGAAACUGGAUUUAAGUCAAUGGCGCACUGAAUAUAUAUGAACGAGGGAUUUAAUUACAGCGAUACAGUUUGCAGAUUUGUUUAAAACAUUAUGUCAUGAAUUUACUUUUGAUUUCCUAUGGGGAUAUUUAAAAAUUAA